AUGGGCACUCUCCGACACGAAGAGUUGCGGUUGUUGGAAGAGUAUUCGAGCUACGAGCAGGGAACUCUCCAGCUAGAGGAGCAGUCUCUGUGUUCUGCCCUUGACAAACUCUCUGCUGUGGAGGUUGUCUGCCCCCUCUGUAAAAAGAGCACUCUGAUGUUGAACAAGUCUGUGAUAUUUUGUAAAUGCGGCCUGAGGAUUGAUACAGAGCAGGAUGGGUUAAGCCUGGGUAACGUUCAGCGCCUGUUGGAAAUGGGCCUAGAACAACACGGGGCAGCCUGUCACUGUGAACCAGUCUACAGUCUCGUCUCUGAUGCCGGACCAACCAACCUCCUCAUGACAUGCCCCGACUGUGAUUGGAUGUCGGUGGUGAUCUAGAUGUGAUUGGAUGUCGGUGGCGAUUUAGAUGUUGAUGGUGAUCUAGAUGUGAUUGGAAAUCAGUGGUGGUCUAAAUCUCACCUUUUUUAGACUCUACACCCAACCUCAAUACAAUACUGCUCGUUCAUGUGCCAGUGAAUAUGUACAUACAUGUAGGAUUUGUCUGUUGACACUGUUUGUAGCUGCAUGACAGUGUUUAAAUGCUGAAAGCAUUACCUUUGUAUAAUUGUGAUAUCUCUAUUUUUGUAUGUCAUUUAGAAUGUGUACAUGCAGUUUGUUUUGUGCAUUAGAUAAAGAUUGAUAAAUAUGCCCACAGAAUAAAUGUGCCCAUUCUUGUUCAACCCUCUAUGUUGCCCAGUAACUGCUGUAAACUUUGUUCUGUUCACUGUAUUUAAGUCCGAGACUUUUAUACCACUGCACAAUCAUUUUGUUACAUUUGUAUGUAUAGUUCAAUGCUGUUAUCAUUGAAUUCAAUGACUUGUAUUGAUAGAUCUGUAUGUAAUUGGGAAUAAUCAUUUCUUACAUUUCAAUAGUCUUUGUGUUUAAGUUGUGUACAGGUAUUCUUUAACAAAGAAUUUAAACAUUGAAAACAUGUCGUUGUCUAUACCGUAUAAUUUAAUAAAAAAAAUCAGUAUAUACAUGAAUGCAUAUCUUUAAUACCUUUCAUUUGCAAGAUAAUCAAUUUCAAUUGAGAGGUCAUUUCUAACCAGAACACAACUGGAGAGAAAUUCCUUGUACAGCUAUUUAACAGUAUUCCAGUUUUCCUAAUGCCAUACAUUGUUUUCACAAAGUUGUAUUUUCUCGAAGCAGUUUGCAUCAUCCCCAUCAGUAUCUAUGUUGAGUUUGAAAGGGGGCUGUGGAGUUGUUACCUUUGAAUUUUCUUAUAAAUUUGACCAAGUUGGCUUGAUCAAUCUCAUCUAAUAGUUAAUGCAUACACAGCAUCUUGGACAAGUUCUCUACCAGCAAUAUCGCUUCCAUUCUUAACAUGAAAUAACCCUUGAAAUAAUUGAUCAAAUUUGCUUUUAUCCACUUGAGCAGUUCUUACUCCAUCUAACUUGGUUAUAGUGUUAAUUGACAAGUGUGCUUUGAGUGAUGGCCCUUUAUAACAUCACGCUUAAUUUGAGCAACUUUAACUCUGUUCAUCGGCAUAUGAUCAGUAUAUCAAAAUUGUCACCUUGUAUACCCAAAUUUGAUACACUAAUUCUGUGAAUUGAUUGUUGCCUAGUUGGAAUACCCUCCUUUUGGAUUGGAAAAUAAAGUAUAACAAGA